AUGGGCGGACGUGUCGAAGGAAGCAUGUGGUACUACGCCCCCGAUAAGGCGGCAGCCAUCGUCUUCAUGAUCCUGUUUCUCCUCUCUGGCGUCGUACACCUCUACCAAUGCUUUCGGUACAAGUCAUGGCGUAUCACAAUAUUCCUCCCCUGGGCUGCUCUCAUCAUGAGUGCUGGCUUUGCAACACGCCUGGCCGGUGCCUACCACAUCGAAAGCCUGGAUCUCGUCAUCGUUUCAACCGUGCUGGUCAUGACCGGUCCACCCGUCUAUGCUGCGAGCAACUAUCUUGUUUUCUCGCGGCUCCUUUUCUACGUGCCAUACCUAUCCCUGAUGCACCCUGGCCGUGUCCUGACUACAUUUCUCGGUCUGGAUCUCCUCGUCGAAAUCCUCGUCAGCAACGGUGCGGUUCGCGUCGCCAACACCUCGCUCACCGAUUCGCAGCGCAAGGUCGGCGAUAUCAUGGUCAAAGUCUCACUCAUUGCGCAAGCGCUCAUCUUCUUCGCUCUCAUCGGCCUCGCAAUCCAAUUCCACAUCCGCGCCCGGCGAGCCCGCGUCCUGACGCGUAACCUACGCACCGUCCUCAUCAUCCUCUACACUACCUCGGCGGCCGUCUCCAUCCGCUGCAUCUACCGCAUCGUCGAGUACUUCGAGGGCUACCACGGCGUGCUCAUUACGCGCGAGUACUUCUUCUACAUCUUCGAGGCCGCCCUCAUGUUUCUCACCACCCUCAUCCUCAACAUUUGGCACCCCGGUGCCCGUCUGCCGCGGUCCAACACGGUCUACCUCAGCCAGGAUGGCGUGACGGAGCUGCAUGGUUUGGGCUGGGGAGACAAUCGCAACUGGGUGCUCACCACCUUCGACCCGUUCGACUUGGUCGGACUGUUCACGGGCAACGACAAGCGGACAAAGUUCUGGGAGAUGACACCUGAUGAGAUUGCGGCGAUCGAGGCGGAGCGGAAGAUGAACAAAAGGAGCGGAUGGAAGGUUGCGCUGGACCCAUUCAACUGGUUCGGAAAGAAGAACGAGGCGAGAAAUGGCACCAAGGGAAAAAUUGACGGUACGGCUGCGCAGAAUAAGACGUCUGCGGAGGAUGUUGUGUGA